AUGGGUUUAUGUGGUAGUAAAGUGCGAGCUAAACAUGCAAAGUUGUCUGAAAUUAGAAAAUUUUCAAAAUUAAACAUUCAUUAAUUCUAUCGUUUCUCAUAAAUAUUGGGUAGUGGUAGUUUUGGAACAGUUAAAUUAGCAUUUAGUUUAGAAUAAGAAAUGAACGGUCAAGAAUCAAAAAGCUAUGCUGUUAAAUCUAUAGAUAAAGUAUUUUAAUAUAUAUAAAAAUUAGCAUCGUAUAGGAAAUAGAUUACAUUUGAUUAAUAGAGAACUAGAAAUUUUAGUUUAACUGGAUCAUCCUAACAUAAUUAGAGUGUAUGAGACUUUUGAAGAUUUGAGAUAUUAUCAUUUUGUAAUGGAGUAUUGUAGAGGAGGUGAAUUAUUUGAAAGAAUAGUUAGAAAAGGUGUUUUUUCAGAAAGAAGAUGUUGCAUUAUAAUGAAAUAAUUAUUUUCUGCAGUUCAUUAUAUGCAUUAAUUAGGAGUAACACAUAGAGAUCUUAAACCUGAAAAUUUAAUGUUAGUUUCACCAGAUGAUGAUUUUGAUAUAAGAAUUAUAGAUUUUGGAUUAAGUAAGAAAUAUCCACCACCAUAAUCUACAAAUUAAGGAAGAUCAUAAGUUAGAUAAUAAACUAAAGUAGGAACACCCAUAUAUGUUGCUCCUGAAGUCUUAUUAGGUAAUUAUUCUUAGACUUGUGAUGAAUGGUCAUUAGGAUGUAUAAUGUAUGUUUUACUAUGUGGAGAACCUCCUUUUUUUAGUAAUAAUAUCAAAUUAUUGGAAGAUAAGAUAUAAAGUAAAGAAGUCUAAUUUAGUGAAAAAAUAUGGGGAGAAAUAUCAAGUGAAGCUAAAUCAUUAUUAGUUAAAUUACUUGAUAAAAAUCCAAAAAAACGUAUCACUUGUGCUUAAGCUUUAUAAAGUUAAUGGGUAUUGAAUUUUACAAUGACAGCACCUCUUCGUAUGGAAUCUAUACCUAAUAAUGAACAUGAAAAUGAAAAAACUAUUCGUUUAUUAAAGACUUAUGGAAAUAUUUCAAAAUUAAAAAAAGGUACUUUAAAUAUACUUUUAAAUUAAUUAAAUGAGUCGCAAAUUUAAUCAUUAAGAUUGAAAUUUGAAGAAUUUGAUAGAGAUAAUAGUGGAACAAUAUCUGUAAAAGAAAUGACAUAAAUUAUCAAAUAAUUAGGUUUAACUGAUACUGAAAAAGAAAUAUAGGAAUUGAUUUAAAGAUUUCAUAUAUUAAAAAAAUCUGAUUCAUCAGUUGAUGAUCUAGCUAUUCAUUAUUCUGAAUUUAUGAUGGCAUUACUUAAUCAAUAAUAAUAUUUAAAUGAAGAAAGAAUAUGGGGAUUAUUUAAAUAAUUUGAUAUUGAUAAUAAAAAUUAUAUAACUACAAUGGAUGUUAGAAGAGCAUUUGAAAGAAGAGGGAAAUCAUUGUCAACUAUUAAAAUAGAUAUGAUGUUUAAAGAAAUAAGUUUAGAUAGUUAAGAUAGAAUAGAUUUCUAAAGAUUCAAAGAUAUUAUGUUAGUUGAUUCUCUUAAAUCUUAAGAUAUAGAUGUUGAAAUGUAUAAUAUUAGUAAAAUGCCUACUAAUAAUCCACAAAAUAUCCCUUAUUUAAAUUAACCUUAGGGAGAUUUUAAUAUUGGUUUUUGA